CCUGAGAUAUUUGAUCCCUGUUGUUGUUACAAUCAUGCACCUCCUAAUGGCAUCCUUCCCACAUUUAUCUGUAGGUUUCCUUUAUUAAGCAAUAAGCUUCUACACAGGUAUUCUUUACCACGUAUUCCCAACUUCCUUAUCAGUUAAAAGGUGGACACUCAAUAAAUGUUUACUGAAUGAAUAUAUGAAUAAAUGCAUGAAUGUGUAGUUAUAAUGAAGUCAUGGUGAACGCAAGAUACCAAAAUUGUUUAACGGUUUGCAUAGGCCAAGUCAUUUAAUGAUGUCAAAAUCAGUUGUGAGAAUAAUGAAGGCAGCGUGGGCCAUAAAUCUGUGCAUUUUUAUUUCAUUAGUUGGAAACAAAGAUCUGUCUACUAUACGGCGUUGUAGUUGUCUUUGAGUCAGCAGUCCCAGAAAUAGGAUCUAAAGGUGCAAAUGGGAAAUUGCCACAGCAGAGUUUUCAUUUCCUGCUUUUGAGUAUCUGGUUGAACUACUCAAGCUGUUAAACCUGAGUAAUAGUCUCUCCCACAUGAGUUGACUCAUAGAUCCUCUUUUGUCCCCAGGCAGUUGUCUUAGAAAAGAAGAAAGAGCUCUCAAAUGCUGUGUCUGUCCAAGGACUCAAUAGAACAAUGGAAAAUCGUUCUAAUUUAGAAAAUGUGGAUGAGGAUGGAUAUACUCAGUUAGACUUCACCUCUCGAGACAGUGCCAGGAGACCUAUUGUUUCAGAGAAAGGAACUUGUUCUGCAUCUCCUCACUGGCGUCUCAUUGCUGUGACCUUGACGAUCUUAUUCUUGAUAACACUGGUGGUAGCUGUGAUUCUGGGCACCAUGGCUAUUGGGAGAUCCAUCUCAGGGAGCAACCCAGUGGAGAACAUCAGCUUUCCAUCAAGAGGUAACCAGAACCACAGCCAACCUACACGAUCAUCUUUAGAAUACAGUGUGUCUCCGAUGAAGGCUCUCCCAACCAGAGGAGCUUUUUCCAGCCCUUGUCCCCCUAACUGGAUUAUACAUGAGAAGAGCUGUUAUCUCUUUAGAAAGUCACAGGAUUCCUGGGACAGAAGUAAAGGGCAAUGUUUUCAGCUGGGCUCUAGUCUCCUGAAGAUAGACAGCUCAAAGGAACUGGAAUUUAUAAUAAAGCAAGUGUCUUCCCAACCUGAUAAUUCAUUUUGGAUAGGGCUUUCUCGCCCUCAGACUGAGGAACCAUGGCUCUGGGAAGAUGGUUCAAAGUUCUCUUCAAACUUGAGGGCAUUUGACAUCUGUUUGAAGUUGUCCAGUCAAGCAGCCAUCACUGUUGCUCUGUGCAACACUGUUGUUAAGAACAUGGGCUUUGAAGUCAGGUCGAAGCUCGAAUCAAUGAUUGGCCACUCAACGAUUGUGUGACACUGGGUAAAUUGCUUAACUUCUCUGAUCCUCACUUUCCUCAUCUGUAAGUAACCAUCAAAAGAGUAACUACCUCUUAAAAUUGUGACAUAAAGGAGAUCAAAGUCAAGUCACUUAGCACAUUGCCUUGCACAUAGUAAGUGCUUGCUACAUGCUUAUUAUUAAUUUAAAAAGCAACCAUAUUUCACUUUGUAGAAAGUUCUUUCGGUAUUAUUUCACAUUUACAUGAUUGCAAAAUUUUCUUUAUACUGUGUUGAAGUCUUCCUCCCUGAAAUUGUCAAACGUUUUCUUUUUAAUAUCUGUAUAAUAUAAAGUUAUAUCCCCCUUUUAAGUUCCUAUUGAUGUUCUGUGUGCGUACAUACACCUCUUUUUUUUUUUUUUCCUUAAAUCUCACCAGGAG